GGCUGCUUCGUUGACAUCGUCGCUUAUCAUUCAUCAAAGAAAUCUCCCCUCUUUGCUUCUGCUCUUUGUACAUACACGACGCAUCGAGAAGACAUCUUACGCUCUUGUUGCUUACUUUCGAUUUUACACGUCAUCUUUUUAUCUCUGAACAUUCUUCACAAUGUCGAAUAUUGAUGCCGAGGAAGCACAAUUCCAGAAGGAAGUUGAGGAGGUCAAGCAGUGGUGGACCGAUUCAAGAUGGAGAUACACGAGGAGAACGUUCACUGCCGAGCAGAUUGUUGCCAAGAGGGGCAAUCUGAAUAUUACAUACCCCAGCAACAGCCAAUCAAAGAAGCUAUGGAACAUUGUAGAGGGACGUUUCAAGAAUAACGAUGUGAGCUAUACGUACGGCUGCCUUGACCCCGUUAUGGUCACACAGAUGGCGAAGUACUUGGAUACAGUAUACGUCUCUGGCUGGCAAUGUUCGUCAACAGCUUCUUCAACCGACGAGCCUGGCCCAGAUCUAGCAGAUUACCCCUACACUACCGUACCAAACAAAGUCGGACACCUUUUCAUGGCACAGCUCUUCCACGACCGAAAGCAGCGUGAAGAACGCGUAACCACACCGAAAGCUGAGCGCGCGAAGCUUGCCAACACCGAUUUCCUACGACCGAUUAUCGCCGAUGCAGACACUGGACAUGGAGGUCUCACGGCUAUCAUGAAGCUCACAAAGCUGUUCAUCGAGAAGGGCGCUGCCGGUAUUCAUAUCGAAGACCAGGCACCGGGGACGAAGAAAUGCGGACAUAUGGCCGGAAAGGUGUUGGUUCCAAUCAGCGAGCACAUCAAUCGUUUGGUCGCUAUUCGAGCCCAGGCAGAUAUCAUGGGCACAGAUCUCCUAGCUGUUGCCCGUACUGACUCUGAAGCUGCAACCCUCAUCACAUCUAGUGUUGAUCCGCGCGAUCACCACUACAUUCUGGGUUGCACUAACCCUGCGCUUCAACCGCUUAGCGAGCUCAUGUACACCGCGGAGCAAGCUGGCAAAAAUGGCAACGAACUUCAGGCAAUUGAAGAUGCCUGGACAAAGGAGGCCAACUUGAAACUUUACCACGAGGCUGUGAUCGACACCAUCAAUGCUGGCGUACAUGUCAACAAGCAAAAUCUCAUUAACGAAUUUCUGGAGAAGAGCAAGGGCAAGAGUAACGCAGAGGCACGUGCUAUUGCGUCAGGCUUGACCGGUGUGGAUGUCUACUUCAACUGGGAAGCUGCAAGAACCCGUGAAGGAUACUACAGGUAUCAAGGUGGCUGCCAAUGCGCAGUCAACCGUGCCAUCGCGUAUGCGCCGUACUGCGACAUGAUAUGGAUGGAGUCGAAACUUCCAGACUAUGCCCAGGCCAAGGAGUUUGCUGAUGGGGUUCACGCUGUGUGGCCUGAGCAAAAACUGGCCUAUAACCUCUCACCCUCAUUCAACUGGAAAGCCGCCAUGCCUCGGGAGGAACAAGAGACUUACAUCCAACGUCUCGCUAAGCUCGGUUACUGCUGGCAAUUCAUCACCCUCGCCGGACUGCACCAAAGCGCUCUUAUGGCCGACACCUUCUCCAAGGCGUAUGCCAAGCAGGGCAUGCGUGCUUAUGGCGAAAUUAUCCAAGAGCCGGAAGCGGAGAACAAAGUCGAUGUGCUUACACAUCAAAAGUGGAGUGGAGCUAAUUAUGUAGAUAACAUGCUGAAGAUGGUCUCUGGCGGUGUUAGCUCGACAGCGGCUAUGGGUAAGGGUGUUACGGAGGAUCAGUUCAAAUGAAAUAAAAUCUAGGUAUCGUAGGUACGCAGACAUGAAAUAUGGUUCUAACGCAUCGCAAUGCAAC